AUAUUACAGCGUAGAAAUAAUCAGCUGAUUGGUUAUCUUUUUUGAUUGAUAUACAUAAAAAUAAAUUGAUCGUGCAACAAGCUAUUAUAGCUUCUAUAAUAUAAAUGUUUAAUAUUUUAUUAAAAAAGAAUUAUUAACUUUAGUGUUUUUAUAACAUAAUAUGUUGUAAGUUAAACAUCUUCAAAAAAUUGUUUUAAGAAUUAUAAAAACAAUUUAAUGCAAUUGGAUAAAACAGACAAAACUUUGUGUAAGACGACAUCGAAACAUGUCGUCCUCACCAGAAAAUAUUGCUAUAAAGCAACCUAUUAGACGCUUAGAAAUUCAAAUUAAUAAUUUCAAUGUGGCAAUACCACAUCAUGUUGAUUUGUUGAAACGACAUAAAACUAACAUUCAAAAAUAUCAAGCACAACAUGAUUGGGAAAAAAUGCGUAGAGAACACAUAAAUGUAGCAAGAAUUAUAAAACAACUCAAAGAACUUUUAUAUCAAAUGGAUACUUUAAGAGCUCAUGUUCUUGAUUCUGAUAUUAAUCAAUUUGAUAAACUGACUGCUAAUGCACGUGCGAGUAUUUUAAAUGCAAUAAAAGAAUAUAUGGAAUUAGAGUUAAAUUUGCCCAUGUCACCAGAAUCAUCCAUAAAUGAAGAUCAAGCCAAUAGUCAUCCACUUGACAAUACAUAUAUCCAGCUUCAAAAAGAACAACAGGACUUGCAACAUCAGGAGGCAUGUCUGCAUGCUUGGAAUACCUUGCAAGGAGAUAUACAUCAAUUACAUCAAUUAUUUGUUGAUUUUAACAAAAUUGUUGAUGAUCAAAAGGAAUUAGUGAAUUCAGCAGAAGAUGAUAUAGUGGAAGCAAAUGUAAAUGUCAAAGAAGGAGAAAAAUUUCUUGAAAAAGCUGCUAGAUACAAAGUUGCUAUGUAUCCAUUAGCAGGAGCGGUAAUAGGAUCUUGUAUUGGUGGACCAAUUGGUUUAUUAGCUGGAUUAAAAGUUGGUGGACUAACUGCCAUAGGUUGUGGUAUUUUAGGAUUUACUGGAGCAUCUAUAUUAAAGAAAAAAGAAAUAGAAAUGCAGAAAUCAAAAUCUGUUGUAACACACGAAUUGACUGAACAAAAACCUAUACAAAGAUCAACAUCUCUUCCUGAAAAUUUAAAGGAAACUAAGAAAGAAUUAUGACCCAUGCCAAAAUGUGAUAUUAUUGAGAAUAAGAAAAAGAAUGCCUGCAGUGUUGUUUAAUGCUAAGGUA